GGAUCUCAAGGUCCAAUCAGACUAGGUUUCUGACUUUGCAACUACUACCAUGGCGGUAUAUCAUGUGCGAUAUAAAGAUCCAGAGUUACAGUACUUGAAAUAUAUAAAGGUAACACUGGAGCAUUGCUGUGAGAAGUAAUACCCUGCUUGUGAUUCUCUCCUUGCUGAACAGUUAGGAUGCGCUGGCUCCCACUCACGCAUCAAGACUCAAACAUCACUUGCUCCAAUGACAUAGGAAUAUUGACAACGCACGGUCAAGAGCAGAGAUACAUCAGCCCUACCACUGGAAUCUGCCGAAAGCUUAUCGUGCAAGCCGUCGCACCCUCUGGCAAAUUUGAAGUUGCCAUCAAAAAUCACACCAACGACGCCAGCAAACUUGCAAUAUGGCUGCUAACCCAUUCACCCUUCAAAGGAUGGAUUAUUUUCGAGUGGAUCGCAAAAUCAGUGUGGUUCGCACUGAAGCUGUUGUGGCCAAUCGUCUGGUUUAUCGUGGAACUAUAUUUCAACGCUAGUGAUGACUCUGAAGACGAUACUGAUUCGUCGUCUAACACAGGAUACUACAAACCGUAUCUUCGCCAGUUUCAGGGUCAGCUAUGGGCAGCUCGUUCUCGUAUGGAGCAUUCAUCGCGUAUUAUAGAGGAAACUGAGAUCAAUACCCGUACACAUGCUUGUUACCCUCGAGUUCUCAUGAUCCGCAGCCCAAACAGGAAGGAGUGGGUUCGAUGCGUAGAUCGCGAUAUCAUCAUCCACGCUAAAUACAUCGCCAUCUCUUACCGCGCAACCGACGUCUACUCUUGGGGUUCACGUGAGAAGAAAGAAAAGGCACAGUUUACAGACGAAGUUCGUGCGGCGGUGCUCGGACAGCAAUUCAAUGCCUACUGGCUUGACUUGGAGUGUCUAGGGGAGACUCCAUCAGAGGAGAAUCUGGAUGUGUACUGCAUGUCAGACGUCUACCGUAGAGCGGAGACGACGUUGAUCAUGCUCGGGAGAGCUGACUCUGGAGAGAAGGAGUGCUGGAUGAGCUGGGGCGGACGGGUAUGGACUUUUCCAGAAGCCCUCUUGAGCUCUCGGCUUUGUUACAAGUUCCGGGAUCGGGAAGAGGUCGAGUCGUUGUCGCUGUUUCAGCUGGCUAACCUGGCUUAUACGGACUCCGAAGAUGAACAAGCGAUUGUCAAUGCAUACGCCAAUGGGAAGGAUCCGCUUGAGAGGCUAGAACGCUUGACACUGUUGAAAUCAGCUAUAUGGAGGCGCGCUAUGGCAGGUUUUCCGACACCUUCUGGCCCUCCACCCCCGCCAAAGUCGCACAUGAUAGGCGAGGGACCUGUCACCGGCGGGUACAAGCCACACAAAGCGGAACAAGUCUAUGCGCUCAUGGGCUUUUUUGAGCACCGCAUUCAACCGAACCACGAUGAAGAUGAGUUACGCGCACUCGCGAGGUUGUCAAUGGCCAACGAUAGCGACCGCAUCGCUGAUCGCAUGGUGUCCAUGUUUCCCUCAACCACCACGCCAGGAGCGUGCUGGUACGCUGACAGCGAUAUCUAUGAUGCGAAUCUUUGGGACAUUGUUCCGGAGAUCCAAGUCGCUGGUGUGACGGAGAACGGAGCUCUCGUUUUGGAUGGCUGUCGGGCAGCAGCCAUCAGGUGGAAGGACUUCCCGGAGAUUCCAUUUGCGACUACGCUUUCGCUGAAAAGGAAGAUUGCCGGUUUCAUACCGUAUUUUUCCUGGCCGUUCAUUGUUAUUGGGUUAGGAAUUAUACCGAAUACCAGCAGAGCAGGAGGCAUCGCACUCAUUGUAAUUGGACUCUUCCUCCUGUUCCUUUCCCCUCGACUGUUUCUCUAUAGCAAAUCUGGGCGUAUAAUCGGCAAACAACCGUGGUUGAUCGGGGUCAAAGGAGUGGUUGAUAGAGGAACGGUAGAAAGUCACUUAUACGGGGGUACCAUUGCACACUUCCCGAGGAUGUAUUUCACCCCGAGCGGUUCACUGUUCUCGAAGCCAGAACAAUUCUCGAGACGGAUAGGUUCAGACGAGCAAUAUAAGGAUGCGAAGGAACAAGAGAAGAGUGGACCGGGACAUAUGUACACGCUCAUCGACACAUGCUCGUCGACCAUGUACUAUUUCCGUGCCGAGCGACCGCCGACGGUAUGCAUCUUCGCAGGACGGGAGGGAGGGCUUGGGAGAUUUGUGCUUUGUUCGGAGAGCUGUCAGGCCAAUGAAUUGCAUAAGGAGAUGGUGUUGCGGAUGCCCACGGAGAUCAGCCAGAGGAUGGAUUUGUGUGGUUGGGUCGCGCUUGGAUGAGAUUGAUUUGGAUAAGGCCUGGAGUCAUCCUAAGGAAUCACGCACCGUGCUUCCAGUUAUAUCUCACUAUGUACCUUGCUCAGAGCACGAUACGCUUCGCCGGCAGAUCUAUAUAUUUAUAUUUAUGUAUUGAAAAACAAAAUGUACAGUUGACGA